AUGGAACCGCAUUCGGUUCGACGAAUCGUCGUCGUUUUUGUAACCCUCUCCUUCUUCUCCCUCCCACUCCUUGCUGUUUCAACAGGUUUGGGUGGUGGGACUACUCUUAAAGGAACCAUGGCGUCCAUCUCAUCGCGUGCUGUAGAGGAAGGGACGAAGAAGCUUCAUAGCUCGCAUCGCAAACUUCUUACCAGUGAGAGGGAAUUUGAUUUGGUUUUGAAGAGAAAAGAUUCGGGGUUUUGUGCAGGCAGUGGAAAGAUGGAACCUAACCGAAUAUGGGGUGAGAAAUGCAGCAAGUCUGAUAUAGUGAUAAACCAGGGUCCCACGGCCCCACUCCCAAGUGGCAUUCCCACGUACACAGUGGAGAUCAUGAACAUGUGUGUGAGCGGAUGCGACAUCUCUGGCAUUCACCUGAGGUGCGGCUGGUUCAGUUCUGCACGCCUCAUCAACCCCAAGGUCUUCAAGCGCCUCCGAUACAACGAUUGCCUCGUCAAUGAUGGCAGACCCUUGAUCAACGGUGCCACCAUUUCAUUCCAAUAUGCCAACACCUUCCUCUACCCUCUCUCCGUUUCCUCUGUCAUCUGUGUCUGA